CUGCCGCCAUGGCUCCCGAUAAUUGUCUCGGCGUGCUUUCCUCCUUCUAGGACCCAGUGAGUGUACCUGCCGGUCCCCCAGGACGUGUGACGUCAGCGGCUUCAGUUCAGGAGCUCCCGGGUGCUCUGCUUCAGUCGUGCCCAACAGGCGCAUUUCCCGUCAGGCGCGCAAAGGCGGCGGAGGACACACCCACGAAAAAAAAAAAAAAAGACCCCGACUUUUCUCCGCGUCCUCGCCCCCGCUGCGGCGACAUGUCCUCGGCCGUCACCGAGACUGAGGAGUCGGUGCGGAGCUCCGCGCUGACGCCGCUCAAGCUGGUGGGGCUGAUGUGCGUCUUCCUGGCGCUGUGCCUGGACGUCGGUGCCCUGAUGAGUCCUGCGUGGGUGACGGCGGACGACCAGUACUAUCUGUCUCUGUGGGAGUCCUGCUGGAAGCCGGCCAGCACCGACAAGUGGCAGUGCAGCAGCACGCUCGGCUCAGACUGGCAGAUUGUCACGCUGGCACUGUUGUUAGGGGGCGGGGCCCUAGUGCUGAUGUCCUUCCUGGUGGUUCUGGUGGCCGUGUGCAUCGGCACCAGGUGGCGGUUCUACGGCCCGGUGGCCUUCAUGCUGUUCGCCACAGUGGUUCUGCAGACCUGCAGCUUGGUGCUGUACCCCAUCAAGUUCAUUGAGAGUAUCAACCUGAAGAUUUACCACGAGUUCAACUGGGGCUACGGCCUCGCCUGGGGCGGGACCAUCUUCUCUUUCGGCGCUGGCGUUCUCUACUGCCUCAACCCCAAGAGCUAUGAGGUGUACUACUAGCUCCCAUCACACCUACGGUACAUGUUUGGAAAGGUUAUCAGGAGGAUCCUCAGGGCUGGGGGCAGAGGAUACGGUUCGGGUGAUUAGUUGUGUUAGAGCCUAGAACUCAAGGAUUGUUGCACACACGUUUACACUGCCGCUUCCAUGCCGUCAUGUGUCUGAAAGAACUUCCGUAAUAUUGCCAGUGAAGAGCUAAGAAAUAGCUAUGGAAGACGUUGGAUUUGGAUGUGUUUGGAUGUGCAGGUGGCAAUGUCCUGCAGUGUUUCUUCACAGUUACAUUUCUCAAACGUUCAUAAUAGAAAGCAAAAGAAACACUCCAAAAUAAUUCACACAGUCAAAAUCAGUCACUUACUGUGAAAUAGCAGAAGGAAAACAUACAACCCAUCUCUUCUUUUCCACAUACAUAACCAUACUAUCAUUGUCAUCCUAGCUUUGUCCCAAGGCUAUGGAAAUGGAUCAAACUGUGUUAUAGAUUAAACUAUCUGUCAGUAUUAGCAAGGUCUUUAGAGUAAAACUACUCAUUCGGAUCGGUCAGACAGUUGCACAAAUUAGCUAAAACUUCAAUGCUAAAUAAAUGAGAAGAUUAUAGCACAUGUUGAUGAUGGCAUAUUGUCACGACUGACUGCUAGCAAUCUGCCAUUGAUCUUUUUGGCCAGACUUUGCAAACUUAUCACCUUCCGAAAAACAAUGCCUAAAAUGUGAAAAUAGUAGGGGUGUAGCGGUACCUGUAUUUGUAUCGAACCGUUUCGGUACGGGGGUUUCGGUUCGGCACGCGGGCGUACCGAACAAGUUCGGAAGCAGAAGUCUUCACAAGCUGCUCUGCUUUCUGCCUCUGUCUCUGCCUCAUUGUCCCGCCCACACGACCAUCUGAUUGGUUACAUACAAAGCCAAUCAGCAGUGCGUAUUCAGAGCGAUGUAACGGCCAAUCAGCAGUGCGUAUUCAGACUUCAGAACGAUGUAGU